AUGGAUGUUCGUUCAUUGAUUGAUUCUGGAACACUGGUUAAGAAGUUUGAGAGAGAGAAAGCUCGAAAGCUUGCAGCUCAUCAUCGCGCUGUUCUUAGAAUUGAGAGUCAAAUUGCGGAGCAUUCCAGAAAGCUGCAAGAGAUACAGCUUCGGUCAGUGGAGGAGACUGAGAAAAUGAAGGCAACGGGUGCAGAACUAUCAAACUUGCGCAAAGUUAGGCAAGCUUCAGUGGCCUUAAAUGUGUGGCAGCCAGAGGUUGUUCGGGGUAGGCAUAAACAAAUAGUUGAGCAAUGUGUUGUACCUGCUGACUCUCGAAUCCAUGCACUUGAGAGGGAACUAAGGCUCUGCAAGCAGCUAAUUACUGGUCUUGAUAAGGCUUACAGAGAUGAGAAGAGAAGGCUUAAUGCAGCAAAGGAACAGUUGGCAUCCGUAAAGUAUCACCCCGUGCGAGAUUACAGCUCGACUAGUGGCAGGGUUGAUGAAUGUUAUAUUAAGAGGAAGAAGUUGAAAAAGGAACACAUCGACUGUAACACAUCUUGUUGACCGAUUUCCUGCUGGAAUAAAUUUUUUUAUCUUGUUGUGGCCAUCCAAACCUCUGGAUGUAUGCUUUGAGGAAGUUGUAAUCCUUGUGUGCUAUCAAUGAGUUAAAAGGCGACUUUCAUUGAUCUUGUGGAGAUCUUCAAUCAAUGCCUGCAAGGGAAAUGCUGAGCUUGUGGCUAAAGCCUAUGUAUGAAACAUGCAAGUUAGAACAUUUUUGGGAGUGAACUUGACUUGGAGCCAUGUAUCGCAGAGCUCAGUUGAAAGUGGGGAUGGUUAAAUGGCAAGAAUAUUGGCUUAGAUCCUGGUUCAGGUUUGUCACAUUGGUUAUCUGAUGUUUGUGUUUGUAGAAAUCUCCAUGUUUAUUAUUUGUAACUCUUUGUUUUGUUUUGUUUGUUUGUAUUUUUUUUUUUCCAAUUUUUUUUACAAGCUUCUGGAAUGAAAAAAAUUGGAAAUUGUUGAACGACCCAUUGUUUGACAAACCCUGUUUGUGUGAGUUGUAAUGAUAAAUGUUUUUAUGCUUCUCAACCUUGAAAGAUUACUACUUGGGUUGUUUGGAAA